CAAACACUCCAGAUAUGAAACGGCGUUCUCGUCUGCGUUCGUGGAAGGAUACAGAUAAUAAAGAAGUGUACACGUUUAUCGGUAUCCUGUUGAAUAUGGGUAUUGUGCAACUGCCAUCAGUCCAGUCAUAUUGGAGUACAGAGUGGACUUCGCAUGUACCGUUUUUUGCAAAAGCUAUGAACAGGGACAGGUUUCUUUUGCUAUACCAUACAAUGCUGCAUGUAUGUAGCACAGACCCUAAUCACAGAACAAGAGGCGAUAAGAUACAGCCACUAGUUACGAAACUCGUAAACAAAUUUCAACAUUACUUUGUUCCAUACAAAAACAUUUCUGCAGAUGAGAGUAUGAUUGGUUUCAAAGGCAGGGUUAUUUUUCGUCAAUAUGUCCCCAAAAAGCCAGUCAAGUGGGGAAUUUUAGCAAGGACUUUAGCGGAUGGUGAAACGGGUUACAUGUGUAAUAUAAACAUUUACUAUGGUCGCGAUGGUGAAGCAGAACCAGAUGACAAUUUGACAAAAACUUCAAGAUCUGUUAUGAAACUUAUUGAGCCAUACUUAGACAAGGGCUAUCACAUAUUUGCUGACAGACUUUAUAAUUCUGUAGAAUUAGCCAAAGCUUUGUAUAACCGCAACACAUACCUUACUGGUACAAUUCUACUGAAUAGAAAAGGAAUACCAAAUGAACUAAAAGGUAAGCGAUGGAAGCGGGGUGACAGGAAAGCUUUGCGGUGUGACAAUGUGAUGGUAACGAACUGGGUGGACAAGCGCUGUGUGACCUUGAUAUCAACAUGUUAUAAUGGCAAUGAGACUGUGGAAAAACAAAUAAAGGGUAGAGAUACCCCUGUUGUAAAACCUAAUGUCGUAGAAAAGUACAAUUGCUAUAUGGGCGGUGUCGACAAGUGUGACCAGCUAAACCAGUAUUAUUCAUUUGCACGCCGUUCUUUGAAGUGGUACAAGAAAGUGUUUUUUUGGCUAAUUGAGUUAUGUGCAAUAAACAGCUAUAUUCUCUAUAAGUUAUCAAGAAAUCCCCCUAUUCCUAAGAAGAAACUUACCUUGCUGGUAUUCCGAAAACAGCUUGUAACUGGCCUAGUGUCACUCCCUGUGUAUGAUGACCACUCACCCCCACCCCCCAAAAGGGGUAGACCCAUGCAAGAUGCCCCAUUAGAGAGACUGGAUGGAAGGUUGCAUGUACUAGGCAAAAUUGAUGAUGGUAAACAGAGAAAAUGUGUUGUUUGCAGUGCGAAAGGCAAUAGAUCAGAAUCAGUUCAUUAUUGUAGUACAUGCGGCUCCCACCCAGCCCUCCACCCAGCCCCCUGUUUUGGCUUGUACCACACUAAAAAAAAUUACUAG